AUGAUAUCCACAAUGAUUAAUGACUACGAACGACGUUUUCAAUAUUCACUCCGAAAAUUGACUAUACCGUCAUGGUAUACCGAACCCGCCCCUUCAUAUAAACCAUCGAAUAAACCAUUACUUGUCUCGACAAGUCAUUAUGAAAGAGACGUUCAUCGUACUCCCGAAAUAGUUCAUGUACAACGUCCACAUAGUUAUCGUUCCUAUCGUUCAUCAAUAGGAACAUCACCAUCUCCAUCCGUACAUUCUUGUUAUCCAAAUUAUAUGAUGGAUGGAACGAACUCUUCUUCAUUAUUACCUUCAUUGUCAUCUAAUUCACGUCGUCAUAAUAAACAUGAAAAGGGCAUCGAACGUGUAACAAAAUCAAGUCAGUGGUAUCGACCAACUCAAUUUAUUCCCAAGAAGCAAACUGAUCAGAUUAGUAACCCAAAAAUAUCGGUUAUUCAAAAUGAGACAUCAAAUGUUAAUCAUUACGAUAUACCAGCUAAACAUGACGAUGAUAAUAAACAUAUCCAUAGUAUCAAACAAAAUUUAAUUUCUGAUAAAACUAUGAUAUCCGAAUUAUUUAUUGAAGAAAAAAAGACUAAUUUGACUGAUAAUAUCAAUGGUGAUGAUGACCAACACAAUCAUCAUAGGAACUCAAAUGAAAUUCAAACGAUGCCUCUAGCAGAUGAAAAAAUAUUAUUUGCUCGUGUCGAAUUGGAAGAUGUGACUGAUGAAGAAGAAGAAAGUGACAACCGUUCGUCGACAAAAAACAUACAUACUGUCGAUGGAAUUGUUAAUGAUGAAACCAAUACGUUAGUAGAACAUUUAGCUAAUAAUUUAGUCUAUUCAAUAUUAAAUGAUGUGUUACAAUUGAAAAAUUUUGAACAAGAUGAUGAUACAGAUACAGGUGUUAGAGAAUUAUCUGAUGAUGAAAAUGCCCUUCGUGAAAUGGACGAAAAUGAUAUGAGUAAUGCAGAUGAAUUUAUUGUUUUUGCUAGCAAUGCUGAAACAUUUCAUGAUAAUGAUCGUGAUAAUGAAACAUCAUCUAUUAUACCUCGAGGUAGUCUAAAUCGUUUAUAUAUUUUUUCAAGAACAAAUGAUGAUGGUACAAUUCAUUCAAAAUUAUCUUCUAAUCAAGAUUCUCCAGUAUCAACACUAAUGAUUCCUGACAAGGAAUUUCCAAUAACUAAUUCUCCCUUGAAUAUAGAUCUAGACCAACCAACUAAUACAAUGGGUUAUCUUAAACAUGAUGUUUCUAACAGUUCACUUCCUAUCUAUCGUUCACAUAUACAAAAACGACAUAUAAAUUUAGGCCGAUAUUAUGAUGGUAUGAUGCGUGCUGCAAAUAGUCAAAUACCAACACAUGAUUUACGUUGUAAUCUUCUUUUACAUAAUACAAAUACUGAAAUAUCAUCUGAUGGUGUUAAUGAAGAAACAGUACGGAAAGGAAGAUUAUUACUUGAUAGUAUACCAAAUACUAUUGAGUU